AUGGGUGAUUUUGUCAACGGUAAGAAAUUAUUUAUGAAGUUGUGUGUUUCGUGUCAUACUGUGGAAAAAGGUGGAAAACAUAAGAUAGGUCCUAACCUGUAUGGCAUCAUGGGCAAGACUUGUGGAACUAUUUCGGGAUUUAAAUCCACGGAAGCUAUAAAGGAAAAAGCUAUUGUGUGGAAUGAGAAGACCUUAAAUGACUAUCUUGAACUUCCCAAGAAAUUCAUCCCAGGCACAAGUAUGGUAUUCUAUGGCGUCAAAAAGACCGAAGAUCGAAGAGAUUUGAUCGCUUUCUUAGCUACUUUAAAGUAG